GCCCAACACAACAAAGGGUAUAAUAAAUUGGUAGGCAAUGCUAGACCAAGAAGAUCUCAUAAUAACUGCUCUUCAAAUAUACCAGUGGCAGUGUGUCUAUGGCCUUAUUAAUAGUGAGGAUAGGAAAUGUACAAGAAAAUUGUCAGAAAUAAUAAUUCCAUUUCGAAUAUACAUUGUUGCAUUUGAAUAAUUGGUUGAUAAUUGUUAGCUAGGCUUGUGGACAAGAUAUUUUCACAAUUGAAUAGCCAGGUAGCCUAUACAUUUUAUUACGUUUUACAAAGUGCCUAUGAUAUAAUAUUCCAAAUUGUACUUGUCUUUUUUAUCUCUUUUGAGUACCUCAUGAACACUAUUCAUCUCUUAAGCAUAUAUAAGCCAUCUCAGAAUUAAGUCAUAUCUUCAUAUCACACUUAUUUUAGAAUUCUUAUAUUUAACCUUACCUAGCCAGUCAACUCGUGGUUGCACGGUUUGUAUGGUGUCUCAUAAAUAUAAAUAAUGUGACCUUGAUAACGGCAAUUCUUAUAGAUGAACUACUAUGUUCAGUUCAUACAUGUACAAGCAGUAGUUUUCGCAAUAUUUCAAAGCAUUUCUUCGCGUCAAUGAAUAGAGAUUAAAGAGUGUAUAUUUGUACAUAACAGUUUAUUAAUAUAUCCGUUAUCUUAUUAGCUUUUAAGUAUCCCUGUAAUGUUUGUCUGUUAUAUAUAGUCCUUUCGUCAUGCUGUCAGACAGAUACCUUUGAUAAGAACAGACAGACAGUGUCACUUUGGUAUUGGAUCUCAGCAUCAUACAAUGUCUUCGGGGCAUGAUCUCACUUGCUUAUUAGAUUUCAAUCGCAUAAAGCAGUGGUUCCCAAAGUUGUUUGACCGAGGGUCAAAAUUAAAAACGGAAGGAUAUUUGCACUCCGAGAGAGGGGAUGAUAUCAAUAUCGAUAGAAUAAUGACUGAACCCGAGGCUAAUGGAGCAAAUAGCAUUGGAGAGAGCAAAGGAAUUGCCAAGAGAGGAUUUGGGUCGUUCAUGUCAUCGAACAUAGAUGAUCUGAUUGAAUAUGCAGGGUCCUGUGACUACAUUCCACCUGCACUACCAGUAAAGCCUCCAGGAUUUGAAGAAUAUGCUGAGAAAGAAUUUGAAUUUGGCCAUGCUGCUAAAAGGAAACACUUUUACCUGGAAGAUGAAUGCAUAUUUCUUAAUCAUGGGGCAUUUGGCGGAGUUUUGAAAGAAGCAUUAGAGUAUUCACAAGGAUGGCAGAGAUAUAUUGAACGAGAACCAGUGCGAUUCUAUGAUCGUGUUUUUUUCCCACAACUCAUUCAUGCACAAAAAAGAUUAGCGGAAUUUGUUGGUUGUGAUGUUUCAGACUUGGUGCUUAUAAGCAAUGCAACAUCAGCUACUAACUCAGUUCUUCAAAGUUUAAACUUGACUUCAGACAGCACCAUCUACUAUCUCAAUACUACUUAUGGUGCAGUGAAAAAGAAUAUCAAAUACCUCAGCGAAAAAACAGGAGCUAAAAGACAAGAGGAAAAAAUUAACUUUCCAAUAAAAAAUGAAGAUGAAAUCUUAAAUCUUGUUGAUCGUACCUUGAAAGAGAAAACAACUAUUGCAGUGUUAGAUCAUAUACCCAGCAACUAUGGAUUCAUUAUGCCUGUGAAGAAACUUGUAGAUCUUUGCCAUAAAAGGGGAGUACCAGUUCUCAUUGAUGGAGCACAUGCAUUAGGUGCUCUUUCUCUCAAUCUAACAGAUCUUGGUGCAGAUUACUACAUAUCAAAUGCACAUAAAUGGUUAUGUGCACCAAAAGGAUGUGCUUUUCUAUAUGUGAAAAAGGAACUGCAACCAACAGUGAAAAGCCUCGUUGUUUCGCAUGGAUUUGAGAGCGGAUUUCAGUCACAAUUUUUGUGGACAGGUCUGAAAGACUAUACUGCUUUUCUAUCUCUCCAUGCGGUGCUAAAUUUUUGGAAGCAAGUCGGUGUGGAAAAUAUUAGAAGUCACGGCAGAGAAUUGCUGAAAAAAGCUGUUGAAACUGUUACAAAGAAAUGGAAAUCUGAAUUAAUAGCUCCAUUAGUAAUGAAUGGUUUUCUCUGCUGCGUAUCUCUACCUUCAUCAUCAUAUAGCGAGAAACCAGAUGCAUCAUUUGAGGAUGGGGAAGCAAUACAAGAAAAAUUAUACCACGACUAUAAUAUAGAAGUUCCAAUCAAAUGUAUACAGAAUAAAUUGUAUGUCAGGAUAUCUUGUCAUCUACAUAAUGAAAUAAAGGAUUAUAAAAAGCUGGCUGAUGCUGUAUUAGAAAUUUCCAAAUCUUUAUAGCAAGAGCUUUAGAUUUCUUUCAAUUUGAUUUUCUAUGGCAUUAUUUUCUGCCCGACUCCCAUUAACUAUUAUUUUCACAAUAGCUCAUGAGUUUAAUUAUAUAACAUUGAUUUGCACAUUUCUAAACUGUGAAAAACAUUGUAUGUACUUUUGAACAAAAAAAUAAAUGAAUACAUCGAAAAACGUACAAUGUUUUGACUGCAAUGGAUGAGAGGCAGCGAAAGAUUAUCAAAGCACAUUGGUUGAAGGUAGCAAUAAGUAGCUUCAAAAGGAAUUUAAUAAAAAUGCGUGUGCUUGUGUAUCAAGGAUGAUCCCAAGAGAUGAUUAGUAUAAGCUGUGAUAGUUGCUCAAAUGGCCCUAUGUUUUCAUUUUAUAUUUCACACCUUAUGGGGCACAAUUUCCUGGAGGUUAAAGUUAACUGUCUUGGCAUUGCAGGUCAAAUAUCUGGUAUCCAAAUGCCAAGCCUAUCUCUCACCUUACCCAGGGUGUGGUGUAAUAAAGUGGGUAGGGAAGAUUCCAGUCCUUUCAAAGUUCCCAAGAGCAGCUACUUUUGGUCCAGCAUAGCCAAAUUAUUG